AAGCCCCCCUGCCGUAUAAAAGGCGGGCACCGGACGAGCUGACUUCUCGUCGCUCGCUCUUCGGCUUCCAGACGUCGCCAGCUUCGCCCAGCUCCCGUCAGACAACCAUCUCGUCCGCAAUCCACUGACAUCCGCUACAAAAUGGUGAACAUCGGCAUCAAUGGGUUUGGCCGUAUUGGCCGCCUGGUGGCUCGUGCUGCCGUGCAAAAGGAAGACGUGAAUGUGGUCGCCAUCAACGACCCCUUCAUUGACCUGGAAUACAUGGUCUACAUGUUCAAGUAUGACUCUACCCAUGGACGAUUCAAGGGAGACGUGAAGGUUGAGGAUGGGAAGCUGUUGAUCAAUGGACAUGCCGUCGCCGUCUACUCGGAGCGUGACCCCUCCAACAUCCCAUGGGGUAAGCAUGAUGCCGAUUACGUGGUGGAGUCCACCGGUGUGUUCACCACCAUCGAUAAGGCCUCUCUGCACCUGAAGGGCGGUGCAAAGCACGUCAUCAUCUCGGCCCCGUCUGCCGAUGCGCCCAUGUUCGUGAUGGGAGUGAACCACAAGAAGUACGACCCCUCGCAGAAGGUGGUCAGCAACGCAUCGUGCACAACCAACUGCCUGGCUCCUCUGGCCAAGGUCAUCAACGACAACUUCGGCAUUGUGGAGGGGCUCAUGACCACGGUGCACUCGUACACGGCAACGCAGAAGACUGUGGACGGGCCUUCUGCAAAGAUGUGGCGCGACGGCCGCGGGGCUUCUCAGAACAUCAUCCCGGCCUCGACUGGCGCUGCCAAGGCCGUGGGGAUGGUCAUCCCCGAGCUCAACGGAAAGCUGACAGGCAUGGCGUUCCGCGUGCCGACUCCCAACGUCUCGGUGGUCGACCUCACGUGCCGUCUGGCCAAGCCGGCCUCGUAUGAUGAAAUCAAGGCCAAGGUUCUCGAGGCAUCCAAGGGUGAACUGAAGGGAAUCCUGGGAUACACCGAGGAUUUGGUCGUGUCCACCGACUUCAAUGGCGACACCCACUCGUCCAUCUUCGACGCACAAGCUGGCAUCGCUCUCAACAAGCAGUUCGUCAAACUCAUUUCCUGGUACGACAAUGAGUUUGGCUACAGCACCCGUGUGAUCGACCUGAUCACGUACAUGGACUCCUGCAAGUGAAAACGAAGAGCAUUUCACAGCAGGCCGCCCUCUCCUCCUCCUCUCCUGUCGUGCGGCAGCAGCCAUCUUGUGCCGCCCCCUUGCUCUCCCACGACCAACAGUACACGCCGCGGCGGCCGCCGUCUUGAUUUUAUCGCCAUUCCUAACAGCUGAUGUUUGUGUGUGCGUGCUGUUUCUCCCCCCUCUACGUAAAGUAAAUGUCGCUCGCGUGGGUGAUGGUGUCGCGUUGCCCGCGUGCCCUGUCUUAGCGUCUGUGCGUAGUAUACCACUGUAAGUGUACUCGGCCUCUCGGGGCCGACUGGACCAUCCUUGCCUGCGAUGGCGCGAAGUCUUGCAUUUCAUCCCGAUUUCCCCCACCCCCUCACACUUUCCCCGGCUUCACUUCUUCAAAGUCGAGUGUAUACGCUGCAGUUGUGUGAUCGGAGCGCGGAUGUCGCUCUUGAGUGUGGAAACGUCUGUGCAACAGCUAAAAUAAACGUCAACACGUGAUGCAC